UCUAGGCUUUGCGAUGGAACGAGCAUGGUUACUAUUCCUGCUAACAAUAAAGGUGCUUCCUGGGACUGCACAGUUCAAUGGCUACAACUGUGAUGCUAAUCUCCAUAGCAGAUUUCCUGCUGAAAGAGACAUCAGUGUCUACUGUGGAGUGCAGACCAUUACAAUGAAGAUUAAUUUUUGUACAGUCCUUUUUUCGGGUUAUUCUGACAUAGAUUUGGCAUUGAAUGGAAAGCACGGAGAUUCCCACUGCAGAGGGUUUGUAAAUAACAAUUCCUUUCCAGCAGUGGUCAUUUUCAUCAUCAACCUCAGUACCUUGGAGGGCUGUGGAAAUAACCUAGUGGUAUCUUCAGUUCCAGGAGUAAGUGCUUAUGGAAAUGUAACAACAAUACAAAUAGGGAAUAUUUCAGGUUAUAUUGAUACUCCAGAUCCCCCAACAAUUAUCAGUUAUCUGCCUGGACUUUUGUAUAAAUUCAGUUGCAGCUACCCUUUGGAAUAUUUAGUCAACAAUACUCAACUUGCAUCAUCCUCAGCUGCUAUAUCUGUACGGGAGAACAAUGGUACAUUUGUCAGCACAUUGAAUUUGCUUCUUUAUAACGAUUCGACCUACAGUCAGCAACUGAUUGUCCCUAGUGCAGGCCUACCUUUGAAAACCAAAAUAUUUGCAGCAGUACGAGCUACCAAUCUGGAUGGAAGGUGGAAUGUUUUGAUGGACUAUUGCUACACUACCCCAUCUGGGAAUCCAAAUGAUGAUAUACGAUAUGACUUAUUCUUCAGCUGUGACAAAGAUCCGCAGACAACUGUCAUUGAAAAUGGCAAGAGCCAGCAAGGCCGGUUUUCAUUUGAGGUAUUCCGUUUUGUGAAGCACAAAAAUCAGAAGAUGUCUACAGUCUUCCUUCACUGUGUGACCAAACUGUGCAGAGCAGAGGAUUGCCCUUUCCUCACUCCUAUUUGCAGUCACAGAGAAAGAAGAGAUGUGGGGAGGAGGACGACAUGGAGCCCCCAGAGUACUUCUGGAAAUGCUGUGGUUUCUGCUGGCCCCAUCAUUACCCGCAGUGAUGAAACACCCACCAACAAUUCACAGCUUGGUUCUACAAGUGAGCCUCCUUUCCAGUUGAAUGCCAUCACCAGUGCACUGAUAUCGGGAUUAGUCAUUCUGGGAGUCAUGAGCUUUUCUCUUCUCAUGUGUUCCCUGGCCCUCCUGAAUAGAAAGGGGUCUGACAGCUUAGUGUUGAAUGGCAUAAGAAAUCCAGUUUUUGAUUAACCAUAACAGUUUCCUCACAUUUGGGGAGCUGCCUUCAAUAAUAUGUUCCAUUGUGAAUGGACUGCAGCAAUUUUCCAUCAACAUCAAAUGCCAGCUCUUUCUAUUUGUAGUCUUACUAGACUUUAUUGUGCAGCUGGUAAUGAUGAUGGUAGUGAAAGAAUUUAGAGUAUAUUGCUAUUGUCAUUUGUGUUUGUGAUCAGACCUCUUUGUUGCCCAGGGAUGUGCUAACUGGAAGUUAAAAAAAAAAAAAAAAAAUCGGGACUUAAAUCUGACAGAAACACUGACUUUUUUUCCCCUACUGUGAAAUCCAUUCUCCCUCUAUUCCUCUCCCUUUCUCCUU